AUGGAUAAAAAAGAAUUUAGUGUGUUGAUUAAACAUUGUUUUUUGAUGAGGAAAAAUACUGUUGAAGCCAAACAGUGGUUUGAUAAGCAUUAUGGAGACUCUGCACCAGGAAAAUCAACUAUUAUUGACUGGUAUGCUGAAUUUAAAUGCAAUCAUACAAACACCGAUGAUACUGAAUGCUCUGGUCACCCAAAAUCGACAGUUGUUCUGGAAAACAUAAAAAAAGUCCACAAAAUAGUUUUGAAAGACCGUAAAGUGAAAUUGUGUGAGAUAGCUGACAUCUUAAAGAUAUCAGAAGGUAGCGUGUUUACAAUUUUACAUGAAAAUUUGAGCAUGCAUAAAUUGCUUUCAAAGUGGGUGCUGCGUUUGCUCACAUUGGAUCAAAAACAACAAUGCAUUCAUGAUUCAGAGCACUGUUUGGAGCUGUUCAA